CUAUUAAGAAUUAUUCUUUCAAAAAGUUUGCUAAUAGAGGAAAGUGUCAUGUUAUGGUAUCGGGGUGAGUUACUCGAAAUGGCCAAAGAUCUCGGAUUUAGACUACUGCCAGCUUUUAACACGUCAACAGGAAUUCCGCACGCUAGAGUUAACCUAAAAUAUGGUAUGAAAGUGGAAGCAUUGCGCCACUCAAGAGAAACCUGCACUGCUUGUGCGGGUACAAUCUUAUUAGAGUUUGCCGCACUUUCGCGAUUAAGUGGAGAACCAAUAUUCGAAAUUAAGGCGCAUAACGCGAUGGACGCGCUGUGGAAAAUGCGCCACCGGAGCUCGGAUUUGAUGGGAACGGUACUAAACGUCCAUUCCGGCGACUGGAUCCGACGAGAGUCUGGUGUGGGUGCUGGAAUAGAUUCCUACUACGAAUACUGCCUUAAAUCGUACAUUCUGCUGGGAGAUGAACGCUAUUUAGCGCGGUUUAAUCGGCACUACAAUGCUAUCAUGAAAUACAUCAGUCAAGGACCGAUGUUGUUGGACGUCCAAAUGCAUCGACCGCACACGAAAACAAGAAACUUCAUGGAUGCACUACUAGCUUUUUGGCCUGGUCUCCAAGUACUUUCUGGGGACCUGAAACCAGCCGUUCAGACACAUGAAAUGUUGUAUCAAGUAAUGCAAAUGCAUACUUUCAUUCCAGAGGCAUUCACGUACGAUUUUCAGGUCCACUGGGGACAGCACCAUUUGAGGCCAGAGUUCAUUGAGUCAACGUACUUUUUAUAUCGGGCAACAGGGGAUCAUUAUUAUUUGCAGGUUGGUAAAAAAGCGCUAAAGGCAUUACAAAAACACGCGAGAGUACCCUGCGGCUAUGCGGCCGUGAACGACGUACGUACAGGGAAGCACGAGGACCGAAUGGAUUCCUAUGUACUCUCGGAGACUUUCAAAUAUUUGUAUCUGCUAUUUUCUGAUCCGUCGGACCUCUUGUUGAACAUAGAAAAUUUUAUUUUCACAACCGAAGCACAUCUACUGCCGUUGACUCUCGGGCAAUUAGGCAAUCAUACGUUUAACAUUAAAGAGCACGAGGAAAACAACAUGCUUGAUUUCAUGCGGUCAUGUCCUAGUCCAAACAAGUUAUUUCCUGAAACGGUUAGACGUCCCCUUAGAGACCUGGUUACAGGAGUAUGCCCGCGUAUAUCAAGUGCCAAAAGACUUAGAGCGACUGACUUUCAGGCAAGCAAUGCAGAUCAUCUACGGACAGUUCAUGACAUGGGUAUUACGAUGGUUUCUCUAGGCGAGGGAAAGGUUCAGCUUUUGCAUAGUUUUUACAACGCGAAAUCCCUGGAGGAUGCUGAGCGUGGUCUCAUAUUCAUGCAGGAGAUGGUAGAGUUGUCAAAAUCGAACACAAUUCCAAAAACACAACUGCAGGCAGUUUCAUUCCAAUCACAAGGCGAUUAUCAACAUAUUCUCAAAGCAGGGCCGAGCCAUUUUGGGCCUGAACUUACGGGAGAUAUGGUGAUAACGCAGCGAGGAGUGUUCGUUAAUCCAUCGAAAGUCUGCACAAGUCUGAAAAACGGCCGAGAAUUGAAUGGCAAAAUUGCGAUUGUCGAACGAGGCGAUUGCACCUUUGUUGAUAAAGCACGCAGAGUUCAAGCAGGAGGGGCGAUGGCUGCCAUAGUGUACGACAAUACUCCUAACACUUCGAUCGACAAUCAACAAAUGUUUGCAAUGUCUGGUGACGGUAACGAUGACGUAAAAAUCCCAGUUGUAUUCUUAUUCACAAAAGAAGCCGAAGUGCUGAUAACUGCGAUUAAGGCCGAUCCAGACCUUGAGAUAACGCUGAAACCGUUGCUUGACCCCAUGGAGACUGAAGAGUUAGCGAAAAAGGACGCUCUGUCCCAAAAACAAAGCAAGACUGAGUCGGCGCAAACCUCCAGCAGCGGAUCGAAAACGGCCCCAUAA